AAGAAGUACAAUGCCCUCUUACCACUUGUAAAUUCUUAUUACUCCCUUAGGUUUUGCUAAUCACUUUGAUCGCCGGCCAUGGCUUUACAAACUGGAAUAGGCUUAGGCAGAAUCAUCUUCAUUGUCGGCGCCGGAUAUACUGGUACCGUACUGUUCCAAAACGGAAAAUUAUCUGAUGUAUUGGGCGAACUUCAGAACUUGAUAAAAAGUUAUGAAAAUUCAGGGGAGACAGAUGCUGGAGAUUCGGAUGUUAUGGCUGCACAGGUUCGUAGGCUGGCAAUGGAGGUUCGACAAUUGGCUUCUGCACGAUCAAUUACUGUUCUAAAUGGAAAUUCUAGCGGUAACUAUACAUCUCUUAUCAUGCCAACUGCUGCAGUAGGGGCGCUGGGUUAUGGCUAUAUGUGGUGGAAGGGUCUAUCGUUCUCUGACCUUAUGUAUGUAACCAAAAAGAGUAUGACAGAUGCCGUUUCAAAUUUGACAAAGCACUUGGAGCAUGUCUCUGAGGCGCUUUCUGCAACAAAGAGACAUUUGACACAGAGAAUUGAGAAUGUCGAUGGGAAAUUGGAUGAUCAAUUGGAGAUGUCUAAACUACUAAGGAAUGAGGUUAAUGAUGUGCGUGGUGAUCUAUCUGAAAUUGGUUGUGAUUUGGAUGAAUUACAGAGAAUGGUUUCUGGUCUGGAUGGCAAGUUACUUUCCUUGGAAGGCAAACAGGAACUUGCAAAUGCUGGUGUCAUGUACCUGUGUAAUAUAGUCAAUGGAAAAAGGGUGAAGAUGCCUGAUACACUUCAGGAACAACUCAAAAUUGUGGGCAGCUCAACACCUAGUCUAAUGGGCCUUAAAGAACUUGCAGACUCUUUACCACAAGGAAAUUCCAAUAGGUAUCUAACUGAUGGAAUUGCCGAAGAUGGUCCUGAUAAGUUAAAAGAUCCACCAAGAAGCAUAUUAAUGAGGACAUCUUCUACCAAGUGUUGAUUCACCCAAAUAUCAAAGGAAAUAUCGUUUGGCUAUUCCUGUUUUUUCUGGUGUAUUCGACGCUGCUGGGUGAUUUUUCGGUUGGAGGAUGGGACUUAGUUUGAACGGCAGUCGCUUCAAUUGCUGUUCCUUUUAAUAGUACGAAGUGUAGUAUCCAAAUGAUUGACCAUAUAUUUUGUACCUGCACUGAUAUUUCAUCUGUCUACUCCACAUGUUUUGUCUAAGGAUCUCAAAUCACAACACAAUUGUACAUGAUGGAAUAAAAUACGCAACACUGUUAGUUUGACAAAAGAAGUCUGAAAAUUUUAAUUGUGUUGUAAAAUAA